UACAAGCGCCCACUCUUCUAAUAAUACGCACAGAUGUUAGGGCCUUACGCAUAUUACUUAAGCUUUAAUCUUAUCAAAAGGUUUAAACACUAAGGUUUUAACAUUGCUUGUACUAUUCGGUCGGAACACAAAAGGGACAGGUGAAUAGUUUCAGACAAUUCUAGUUACUUUUGGGAAUCUCCGACUUUAUGUCAGAUAUUUUUUAAUACAAAUAUUAAUGCAUAUGUCUAACACGUAAAGUUAUUAAGUGUCUUUUAGAAUUUUUUUCUCAUCUGACAUGAUCCACCGGAAACUUUUACGUCCGGCACUUGCCGUUGUGGUGUGCGUCGUGUUUUACGCCUUUAUAUGGACAAAUUUACCGUGGCUUCAAUUUAGACAAUUGAGGAAUCCACUUAUUGAACAAUUGGCAAUAGAAAAGAUGGCAAUCAACAAAGCCGGAUCAGUGACUGCAAAAAAUGAAACCACUACAACUCCACAAAUGGAAGACAAGCUCAAAAAUCCCUCUACAAAUUUGCCCCAAGCCAAAAAUAUAUCUGAUCAGAAACAAAUAUCUAUCAGUAUUGGAACUAAAAUGUCAACAGCCAUUAUGCCAACAAAUAAAAUAAAUCCUAAACUUUUGACAAGCAAAGCUGCAUCAGCCAGAAAGCUUAUACCAGAAGGCAACAAAACAGAUGUAAAGGCUAACAUGACCCAAAUUGCACCAUUGGAUAUAAACAGCUUCAAUAAAGCACCUGAGUGGGAUUUUGAGGACUCAUACCUUAGAGACCCACACCCCAAAAAUACGAUAUGUAUGCAGUCCUUAAGGAACUCGAAAGACAAAGACUUUCAGAAGAGCUUCAUUCCAGAUAUCCAGGUGUUCAUGCAAAAGGACCACCUGAACCUUAGUGUGUGGAACAAACUGGCACACUUCAACAAUCCCUUUGGCUUCAUGGGUUAUAGCUACUCAGUGGUGAACGAGUCAGUCAAGCUUAUUCCUGAUCUGAAGGACUUUCAGCUCCUGUCAGUUCCCACAACUGAAAAAGAAGGCUGUAUCCGCUGUGCUGUUGUAGGCACUGGAGGGAUUCUCAGUGGUUCCAAAAAGGGAAAGGAAAUAGACUCCCAUGACUAUGUGUUUAGAAUGAAUGGUGCUGUCCUGAAGGGUUAUGAAGAAGAUGUAGGAAACAAGACCUCAGUGUACAUCCACACAGCCCAUUCCCUGACCUCAGCACGUUAUACUCUAAAAAAGUAUGGUUUUAAAGACAUUCCCGCUGAUGAGGGCAUCAAGUAUGUUUUUAUCCCAGAGGGCCUGAGGGAUUACUAUUGGCUCCAGGGCCUGUUCACAAAGGGGAGAGUUCCUGGUGGUCAAUAUCGAAAUUCACGGCCACUGACUUACUAUCCUGCUAACUUUGAUAUAAGCAGAUUCUACGUUCUUCACCCAGAUUUUCUCCGAUAUAUUCGGAUCAGAUUCUUGCUGUCCAAACAACUGCACGGUAAACAUUGGAAAUUUUACAGGCCAACAAAUGGAGCAUUCACCUUGUUUCUGGCAUUGCAGACCUGUGAUACUGUGGAUGCCUAUGGAUUCAUUACAGCAGAUCAUGCAAAAUAUUCAAACUACUACUACGAAAGAUUUGCAAAAACCAGAGUUAUUUUUUACAUCAAUCAUGACUACAAUCUGGAGAUAAAAACAUGGAAGAAACUACAUGAUGCCAACCUCAUUAGACUUUACCAGGGAAGAGAAGAACCCCAAAAGAAAGGAGAAUAAAUUUAAAAUGUAAAAUGUGUACAUAUUUUCAAAUACGAAUGUAGAAUAACAAUAACAAGUUAUUUCAAACACAUCCUUAAAUGGCAGUAAAUAUCUACAGUACAUUCACAUUUUAAGUAAGUGCAUGUGCAGUUAUGUUUUUUUUUUAUGAGACUUAUAAAUUACACAUUCUCUUUUACUGUCUAAAUAUUUCGUUUUGGAACGAUUCAUGUUUCAGUCGUCAAUUAAUACAAUGAUCACCUUAUGAGAAAUUUGAACCCCCAUGCCCCCCUCACACAAACGCAUGAUCAGCAGGAGCAUUAUAAGCAUUUUUGGGUUUAAGGCCUAGUCAUCCUUCCCAACAGGUGAUAUGUCAUUAGAAUCCUGGAAGCAAAUCAAAUGAAACACUAAAAAGAAAUGAGUUGCAUUAUUUGGGAAUCUUCAGUAUAGUUAAUCUGUGACAGCAUUUAAUAGUUCAUUGUGAAACCAUAUACUCCUAAAUGGAUGCAGAAUGUUCUGAAUGCUGCCAUAUGCAAUGACAAUUAAUGAAGAGUGUGCAGUGAAGAUAACUGCAACAUUUUUCUAGAUAUGGCACAGAUAAAUCUACAUCAGUAGUAACCACCCCUAUUUCUGACCUACUGUCCUGUAGGGUUUCACUCUAACCUAAUAAUGCACACCACAUUCAACAGCUAUAUACAUUCCCCUCCAAAAGUAUUGGAACAGCAAGGCCAAUUCUUUUGUUUUUCCUAUACACUAAAUACAUUAGGGCUUGAGAUAAAAAGAUGAACACGAGAGACAAGUUCAGAAUUUCAGCUUUUAUUUCUUGGUUGUUACAGCUAGAUCUUCUACUUAGAACAUAGCACCUUUGGUAUCAAACCACCCAAUUUUUAAGUGAGCAAAAGUAUUGGAACAGAGAAAAUAUUAAGUAAAUGAAAGUAAAUAACACUUAAUAUUUGGUAGCAUAUCCCUUGCUUGCAAUAACUGCAUCAAGCCUGUGACCCAUUGACAUCACCAAACUGUUGCAUUAUUUUUUUGUGAUGCUUUUUCAGGCUUUUACUGCAGCCUCUUUCAGUUGUUGUUUGUUUGAUUGUUUAACCCAAUUAUAUGCUUGAUUGGGUUAAGGUCUGGUGAUUGCCUUGGUCAGUUGAAAACCUUCCACUUUUUCUCCAUAAUGAAGUAAUUUGUUGUGUUGGCAGUGUGUUUUGGUGUCACUGUCCUGCUGCAAGAUGAAGUUUCUCCCAAUUAGUUUGGACACAUUUCUCCAUAAGUUGGCAAACAGAAUAUUUUUUUGUAGAUUUCUGAAUUCAUCCUGUUCUACCAUCAUAAUUUCCAUCAUCAAUAAAGAUUAGGGAGCCUACUGCAUAAGCAGCCAGGCAAGCCCAAGCCAUGACACUUCCUCCACCGUGCUUCACAGAUGAGCUUGUAAGUUUGGAUCAUGAGUAGAUCAGUAGCUUCUUUCUCCACACUUUGGCCUUUCCAUCACCUGGGUAGAUGUUAAUCUUGGUCUCAUCAGUCCAUAAAACUUUGUUUCAGAACUUUUGUAGCUCAUCUCUGUACUUCUUUGUAAAUUGUAAUCUCGCCUCCCGAUUCUUACUACUGAUGAGUGGUUUGCAUCCUGUGGUAUAGCCUCUAUACUGCUGCUCUCUAAGUCUUCUUCAGUUGAUUGAGAUACCUUCACUCCUACCCUGUGGAAAUUGUUUGUGAUGUUUUGGGUUUUUUCUUCACAGCUCUCACAUUGUUUCUGUCAUCAACUGCAGUUUUCCUUGGGCGACUUGCUCAUUAUUUGUUGCUCAGUACGCCAGCGGUUUUUCUUUUUCAGGACAUUCCAAGUAUCCCCUCUUUUCUAAGCCUUGAAAUGGCUUACUUUUCUCCCAAUGACAGCUCUAUGGUCUUCAUGUUGGUUCAAAUGCAGUCUUCACAGGCAAAACCCAAGGCUAAAACCAAGAGUAGACAUUCAGAACUAUUUAUUGUUUAACCAAUCAAUCUAACAGUACACAUCUGGGCAAUAAGAAACACCUGUCAGUCACAUGUUCCACUACAUUUGCUCGCCUAAAAAUUGAGUGGUCUGAUACAAAAGAUGAUAUCUUCUAAGUUGUUUAAUAAAUCUAGAUAUGAAUACCAGGAAAUAAAACCUGAAAUUCAGAUCUGUCAUCUCAUGUGCAUCUUUUGACCUCAAACUCAAUUGUCUUCAAUGUAUAGCAAAAACAAAGGAAUUUACCUUGUUGUUCCAAUACUUUUGGAGGGGACUGUAUCUUGAUGAGCUGCUUAUUAGUAGAGUCUGGGGUGCUAUGUUUGGGUUGAAAUGAGAACCCAUCAGGAUGAUAGAUCUCCAGCAGAAUAUAAUGUCCCAAAGAGGAACCAUUGCUAUUAUAACACACAUUGUCACAUACUUGCCUGACAGUGUUGCUCAGCUAUACGUACUUAGCUAUGUACCAAUAUGUACUUAUGCUUUAAGGUGAUAACAUACUGGGUAAAUGUGUAGGAUAUGUCCAGAAUCUGGAAUUAAAGUGAAGUCUGUAUCAAGAUUAUAACUCCACGUAUAUGAGUGUGUGUGCACUAAUAUGGGAAUCUGAAGCCUCUCUACCUGGAUAUGUAUCACUAAUACUAAUUACAGAAUAAGGAGUCUUAACAGUGUAUGAGUACACAUACUAUUGUGUUAACAUUUGCUAUAUUGGUAUACAAUCAAUAGAAAAAAAAAUUCUGUGGCACAAGUUAUACAGUACAUGUUAUCAUAUACUGUAAUGCAUGAGAUUAUUGUUUUAAGUAAUUCUGUAGAUGUUUCUGGUCUUUUUUUAUUUAUUUGCCAGACAGCUGGUCUUAUCAUUGGUUUGGUGUGGGCUGAGAUGCGCUUGACAAUAAAUCCUCACCCAGGACACGUUGGACAUGUGCCAGGCCUAUCUUGGGCCCAUACAUUGUUUUUUCAUUGUUUAUAUGUAGUACAUGUUGUCAGGCAUAGUGCUGCCCUAUAGUAAACAGAUACUGGAUACUAGAUAAGCAUACGCGUUAUGCAUAUGUUUACAUUUUUGUGCCUCUGGAAAGCAACCCACAACUCAAUUACAUGGACACUUCCCCUCUUUUAGUCAUGGGUAAAAUGAAAGUAUAAUACUCUGUAUAAUAUUAUUUCAUUUUACUUUUAACAUGUUAAAUUAUGCACAUGAAUUGUAUAAAUGUAUAAAUGGAUUUUCCUUUUUAAAAAUUACUUUGGUGAAAAAAUAUUUUUUGUAAAUCCACAUUUGGAGAUCCAUCCUGCCUUGUGUCACUGUGCAGGCUGGUGAUGGUGGUAUAAUGUAGGUGUAGGGAAUAUUGUCUUGGCACAAAUUAGGCCCCUUAAUACCAAUUGAGCAUCAUUUCAAUGCCACAUCAUUCCUAAGCGUCGUUGCUGACCAUGUACAUCCUUUUAUGGCCACAGUCUAUAUUUUUUUUCAAAUGGAUGUUUCCUGGUAAUGUGCCAUGUUCAAGCUGGUACCAUGAUGAUGAUAGUGACUUUGGAAUGAGUGGGAACAAAACAUUUGCAGCAUAAAUGAGUGGACAAAAUGCUAUUGAGUCAAAAUGGAUUAAAAUCGUUAAGUAAUGUUUCCAGCACCUUGUUGAAUCCACGCACAUCUGGAGGAAAAUGGGGGGUUCUGUGCCUGGGACUAGACCUAAUAAACUGGCCAGUGUAUAUAAUAAUUAAACAUAACAACGACUGUAAAAACAAUAAUACUAAUAUUGUUGUCUGCAUUCUGUUUUAUUUGUUUUGUGUUAAAUAUUGAUCAAUGUUUUGUGUAAAUGAAUAUUCAUGUGUUCUAAAUUGAUAUGUAUGUUCCAGAAGUUAAAUUAAAACAUUUAACUCUUAAA